CUAAAGGGGCGAUACAGGUCAGGAGCUGCAAAAUGGCUGGCGCUGAAGAGAGCUUCUGGAUGCCUCCCCGGAGCUGCGAGGAUUACUGGGCUGAAUGGAAGCACUGCCGGACGCUGAGGAACUUCCUUCAUCAUUACUACACCUACGGGGAGACCCCGGCCUGUGCCCAGUGGAAAAGAGAUUACCAACACUGCCGGCAGUGGGAGGAGAGCGGGAGUCCCGAGGCCAAGCAAUGCCUCUGCCAGAGCGAGCGGGCCCGCAUCCUGGCCAAGCAGAAGCACCCCCCUGUGUGGACCAUGAGGCAGAGCCCCCCCAGGGAGUGGCACUUGCCUCUGCCUGGGGAGGAGAAAUCCAAGUGAGGGGCCGAGUGAUGGAGGAGAUGGGCUGACGUCAUUGAGGAGUGUAGCACAAGUGGACCUGGUGCCAUGGGGCCAGGCCCACACCCCCCCAAAGCUUCUUCAGCAGACCUGGUGCCACCAGGUAAGGCCCACACCCACCCAAGGCUUCUCCAGCUCCCCUUUCUGCCUCCUGCUCCUGGUUCCCAGCUGGCCAGCCCUGUUACCUCAGAAGAGAUCCCCACCCCAGAGCCUCCAGCCAAGCACUGCCUGAUCUGCAGGGGGUCAGCACAUUCUUCAGAUGGCAAGAUUCACUGUUCCCUCCCCCCCACUCCUGGGGAAAAGGGCAUCUAGAACACCAGGGUCUUAUGCUCUGGGGACAUCAGGAUGCUCCCUCCCCUCUUGUUUGUGUGUGUGAAAGGUGAGCUGGACCUGUAGUUCUCUCUAGGGCACCUUCUCUCUCUAUCCUGGCAUGAUGCUGGCUCGGGCUUGGCCUGCCUGCCCCACUCUGGCCCAGGGUGCCCAGUACCUGCCUCUGCCCUCCCUCCCUAUGUCAGGCCUUGUCUACACCAGCAGCAGCAGCAGGUGAACCUGGAGCCCAUCCAGCCCCUGGGGACACAGGACGCACACUGGACUGCCACACUUUGCUGAUGCCUCCACCCGCUAAGGGGGGCAUGUACACUUCAUGCUCCAGAGAAGGACCCUCAUGAAGAAUCAGGCUUUUCACAGAUUUUAAAGAAAAAGUGAAAAUAAAUCCAUCCCCACCCAACAUCUCCAUUCCUUAUUGUUGUUCUCAAGUCAGGCAUUUCUUUACUUUUGUAAAGUGUGUGGCUGUGCUGGUAUGAUAGAAAAUAAAUGGCCAGGCCUGCUCAGACAGGCUUUGAAUUUU